AUGCUAAUUCAAGGUUUUGAACACACACCACAUCAACAAUUUCAUAGUAUAGAUGAAUCAAUGGUUCCAUACUUCGGCAGACAUGGCUGCAAACAGUUUAUAAGGGGCAAGCCUAUUCGAUUUGGUUUCAAAUGUGGGUUGGACACUGAUGAUAGGCUAUGUAGUCUGGAUAUCUCCAUAUCAGGAAAAGCGGUGAUCUUCAAAAUACUGAGUUUGGUCUGGGUGCGUCAGUUAUCAUAUCAUAUGCAAAUAAUUUAUUGGCACCCGUAUAGCUCCAUAUCAUGGGGUAUUUGA